UUGGCAUUUUAAAAAAGUGAAUAAAUUACGGAAGAACAAAAGGGAAGGUUUUCAACUUUCCUUACGUCUCUCGAAACUACCAGCGUCAGAACUCACAAAACCCUUUGAUUUUCCGAUUGGAAGGCUCAAGGCUCUUCUUCGUCUCCGCCCUUCUCCGACGGCCACCGCACGCCUAAUCUAAGGUCUAACCUUUGCGGUCGGUCAUUCGUCACUGUCGUACUAGAAAUCCGAUCUGGAAUUGGAACUAGGGCUUAAUUGGGGAAAUUUGUUCGGUCUGCAAACUAUAGGCAUUUAACCUUCCAGCAGCUUUCGUUUCUCAAGUGUUUUGAUCCUUAAGCUUUCAAGAUGCCAGCCACAGCUGGAAGGGUUCGCAUGCCUGCGAACAAUAGGGUACACAGUAGUGCUGCUCUACAGACUCACGGUAUAUGGCAAAGUGCAAUUGGAUAUGACCCAUAUGCACCAAACAAGGAUGAUAACAAGAAUGCUGCCCAGCAAAACACAGCUAGCUCUGAGCCAGAUGCAGAGAACGCAUAUGCUAGCUUUCAGGGUCUUCUUGCACUUGCUCGCAUAACUGGUUCCAAUGCCAAUGAGGUUCGUGGUGCUUGCAAGAGAUGUGGUCGCGUUGGGCACCUUAGUUUUCAGUGCCGGAAUUUCUUAAGUGUUAAGAAUGACAAGGAGAAAGACCCUGAAGCUAUUCAAGCUGAUGUCAUGUCGGAACUAGAUAAAUUAAAAGGAGGUAAAGGAAAAGUUGAAAGUGAGGAGGAGAGUGAAGAGGAAGAGAGUGAAAGUUCUGAUUCAGAUGCUGACUCAGAAAUUGAAAGGAUUAUUGCUGAAAGAGAAGGGAAAAGAAAUAGUAAGAAAAGAUCAUUGAAAAGAAAGGAUGAUUCGGUUGAUGAUGCAUCAGGUUCAGAUUCAAGAGAGAAGAAGAGGGGGAGGUCUAAAAGGAGGAGCAGAAGAGAUUCCAAUGAUUCAGAUGACAGCAGAAGGAAGAGGAGAAAGGAGAAGCACAGGAAAAGAGACGAUUCAUCGGAUGAGGAUGAAAAACAUAGGCGACAUCAUAGGAAGAGUAGAAAAGAGAAAAGAAGGAGAAGAAGCCAUAGAUAUUCGGAUGAUUCAGAUUCUGAUACAUCUGAGGAAACUCAUGGAAGGCACAAACACAAGAGUAGGAAGGCUGCAUCGUUAACUGAUUCUGAAGCUAGCAGCUCUGAUGAUACAAGGGGCAGGGCAAGGAAGCGUUCUGAGAAGAGAAGCAGGAAACAUCGUUAUGAGGAUGAAUAGACCAAGCAUAAUGCUAGUGGGAGAUGACAUGGAUAUUGUGAUCCUUUCUGGUUGCUGUGGAUUUUCGAUUUACCAAUAACGAACCCAGCCAUGGUUGGCUUUAGACACGACCAAGGCCGAAAUUUAUUGUGGUGUUGCAUUCAUAUGGAAGCUGUAUUUUGUUGUGUAUAUUUAUGCUUAUUGCAAAUCAAAAUUUGAACAAACUGGAUAGAUCGGGAGUUUGAAGGGAACAGAAUAUCUUUCCCAAUACGCAUGGUUGUUCUAUGUUGACUUUUUCUAAAUUCUGAAUUGGAUUUGGUAUGUAUAAUUUUAUUGAAUUCAAUUCCUACUCAUCUUAUCUAUCUCACGAUUAGUUUUUUACCAA